UUUUGUAGCCAACCAGAGGCAAGAUUACAAUUGAUAUCAAGAUGGCGGCGCCCUACGGCAUGACUCGGCUCUUAGGAGCAUUUCGCCGUUUUGAACAUGCAGUAUUUCAAUGGAUGGGACUGCAUCCACCUCCAGGUUUUCAAGCUGAAUUAGUUUAUGAUAUCCAACCUGUAGAAAAUCAUGUUAACAAUCAACAGUCAUCUACUAAAUCUAUAUUACAAGAUAUAUUUGACAGUAUCUUGCUGGCAGUUCCAAAAAGUAGAAGAACUGCUGAGAAAAACAGAACAAGAAAAAUGUCCAUGAAAGGUCAUUAUGAAUAUGCUGUUCCUAAGAAUAAUAUAAUUGCUUGUUUGGAAUGUGGAAAUUGGCAUGAAAAGGAAACAAUUUGUGGUCACUGUUAUCAAACUGUUAAAACUGAAACUGAAGAAAUGCAGAAAGCUAUGGGACUCGAUGCCUUAAAAUAUGAUGCACCCCGGUCAGAAGUUGUUUUUUUAUAUGAUGGAGAAGAGCAGGAAAGACCUAAAUAUAAUGGAAAAUAUAUUGUUGAAAUGAAAAAACAGAGACCAGAAUGGUUUUCUAAAAAUUUAAUGACUAAAGCACACAAUUCUAAAUGAAUUUUAUGUGCAUGAACAAAAUAAACGUAAACAAUAAACAAAUACCAUAAUCGCAUAUGCCAUCAAAAAAGUAUAUAUACAUACAUAUAGUGUGGAUCGUGAUAAUCAAAUGAUUUUCGAUUUUCUCUCUUCUAGUUGACGUAGAACAGUUUUCUGAGCUUUAUACAAUGGGAACAUUGAAUUGCAUUCUGCCACCAUCUUAAAAUCAAAUUACAGAAAAGGCAGAUGGCACUGGAUUGAGCUUUAUUGUGUAAUAUUGUCAUUUAAAACCACAAAUAAUAUAGUAGCUAUUAGUUCUACCGCUUCUGAGAGAGUCAAUCUAAACAGUUGACUUUAUGUGUGAAUGGAAAACAUGUGAUUGCUACAAGAGCUGGUAAUAGUGCUGUGUAAUUAAAAUUAUAUUAAAAAAUUCAUUUUC